CGCAUUGUCGUGCGGAGGGUCGCGUGGAAAAAAAUUGCCUCGACCGGGGGUCGCCCACCCGAAUGUACGAAGAUGUGAAUGCGCCGCGACGGCUCGCACUUCUCUCCGUCCGAAAGACUCUCAUCCACGUGCGAAUACUCCCUCGAUUUAGGACCGUGUCUCGAGCGACCUGAGGACUCCGUCGACGGCGUCGCCGCUGCGACGAUGUCGGGGAAGAAGGCUGUAGAGAAGGUCUCCGAGAUUGACGCGCAUAUCAGCAAACAGUACGACAUAGUGCGACGUCUCGGUAAAGGGGCUUAUGGUAUAGUAUGGAAGGCGAUCGAAAGGAAAAAGAAGAACACAGUUGCGGUAAAGAAGAUCUUCGACGCCUUCAGAAAUCAGACAGAUGCGCAGCGCACGUUCCGCGAGAUUAUGUUCUUACUGUCGUUCGCCAAUCACGAGAACAUUAUAAAGCUAAUUGGACUGCAUAAGGCGGACAACGAUCGGGACAUUUACCUCGUUUUCGAGUACAUGGAAACCGAUCUUCACAACGUCAUUAAGCGGGGCAACAUCCUCAAGGACAUCCAUAAGGUCUUCAUCAUGUACCAACUGUUUAAGGCGAUCAAGUACAUACACUCGGGCAACGUUAUCCACAGAGACUUGAAGCCGUCCAAUGUGCUCCUGAAUGCGCAGUGUCAUUGCAAAAUUGCGGACUUUGGUCUGGCACGUUCGGUUACGCAGAUCGGCGAGGGUGAUGGCGAGACGGGAAGCGAUCCAACUUUGACGGACUACGUCGCCACUCGGUGGUAUCGCGCACCAGAGAUUCUCAUAGCUUCAAAAAGGUACACAAAGGGAAUAGAUAUGUGGUCGUUAGGCUGUAUUCUCGGUGAAAUGUUGCUCGGAAAGCCGCUCUUUCCCGGCUCAUCUACGAUAAACCAAGUCGAGAGAAUAAUGAUAACCUUGCCUCCACCGACAGAUGAAGAUCUAAUAUCAGUCAGCGCCGGUUAUGGAACCAAUUUGUUAGAAAAAACACCUAACAGACCUAGACGCACUUUAAGAGAUUUAUUGCCGGAAGUGUCAAGGGAAGCUUUAGACCUUAUUAGCAAUUUAAUAGUCUUCAAUCCCACGCAACGAUUUACCGCAGUUGAAGCGCUAGAGCAUCCGUAUGUUGCCGAUUUUCACAGAAGGGGCAACGAACCAGAAAGAGGCUCUAGCGUUGUACCAUUGUUAAGUGACGAUGUGCAGCUCUCAGUCGACGAAUAUAGAAAUAAGCUUUACGCCAUGAUGGACGAAAAGCAUCGAAAACACAAAAAUAUGUCAAAAUCCAGACUGCGGCGAUUAUCUGAAAGUAUUAGAAAAGAAACUAGCAACAGUAAGAGUAACACGGUGAUCGGCCAUGGUGACACGAUUGUCGCGUGCUCGUCAUUGCCAAAUAAGAAGGCGAUCAGACCGUCUCAAAGCGAUAAUUCUACGCACGGCAUUACAAGAACGCAAAUGGUAAGUAACUCCAUAGAGGCGCCGGCACAGGAGACUUUCACGAACACUCGGCAUAACGUUAGGAACGUGGCGACACAGUACGCUUGUAACUUGGCGAACGGAAACAUACCCCCAGCAACGGCCAAAAGUUGCUUCUACUUUAAUCAGCAGCAACAGCAGCAGCAGCAGCAACAGCAUCACCAACUGUCCAAGUCUCAGCGUUCCAUUCAGUCAGAUCAAAUGGCUAUGUACGGUACCGGAAGCAGAUCGAACCAAUUAGCAACAACAGCACAACGCGUCAAGCCACGAAGAGCCUCCAGGCAGCAGGUCUUCACACAGGCGCAGAGGACUUUUGCCUCUGCAUCCGUUAAUUGCCGCGGCGACAAUCAUCGGCCUAAAACAAUGCCGGCGAAGCUGAUCAGGAUCAGCGACAGUCCGAGCAGCAUCAGACAAUCCAGCAGCGUCGCGAGGACCGUCGCUAGGACUCUGGAUGUUAAGACCGCGGGGGGUGGAAUCAGCAGCCCGGAGUCGCCGUACGUCAGCAACCAUCCUCAGGCCGUCCGCAGCUAUCUGAAUCAGACGGUGCCGUUGGUGGCGAUGCAGCAGCAUCUUCGAAAUCGCACGUCCUGCGGCAGGGAUAGCUUGGACAGAUCGUUCGCUGUUGCAGAUACCGUGACAACCAACAGUCGCGUUAAAAAUGCGGCGCGCGGUCAGGAUGGUAGGCUACACACGAGGCACAACUUCGACGCCGGCUACGUCGGGCAGAGGAAGUCGUCGACGACGUGCGACAAGUCGAGGUUCCUGAACAGUCACAGCCAGAGUCACGGGGUGAUAGCGGAGUCGGUUUACAAGGAUCUUUGUAACGGGACUAUAGGGUGGUGAGGCUGCAGCGAAUAGGCUUCGCAGGGGAUGAAGUAUUAUCGGACGGGACAGUCGCGCGACGAUCGCUCUGCUUUCCUUUCGACGAGAUCUGCAAGUCGAUCGUGCACGCGAGUCCUUGUCAGUUUUCUUUUUACGUUGGAGGGAUAACAAUACCUCCAGACUUCUGUGCACGACGAGUUUAAGAACGGAAUCUGGAAAAAUCUACGGUUGAAAUUAUUUUAUAAGGUCGAACAUUAAACACAUUUUCAUAAAAAAUAUCGCACUUGUCUAUAUUUCUUCUAAAUUUAUUUUGUUGUAAUUAUUAUGUAUAUUCAUGUAUAUAUAAUUACAUAUUUUUUAUACAUUUGUCUUGUGCUAAUGCAAACAACAUUUUGUAGUAAUUAUAUUUACACUUAAAUUACAUUAAAAAAUUUAAAAAAAUAUAUUUAUAGUACGGUUUGCAAUAAUUUAGUAAACAAUUUUACGGAAAAAUAGAAAAUAUAGUAAAAACUUUCGUUAAUAAUCUCGUGAUAAGAAGCAAGCGAUCGUCCUAGACUACCCUAGAGUUUGCUCGAUCAUCCUCGUGCAAAAAGCAUAGCUUCACGAUACAAGGUUCCUGAGUAAAUAAAGUUUACACGAAAUAAAUGCAAGAAAUAAACGCUAUCAAUAUGCUUUCAGAAUUUCGAGUUUCCACGGGUAUAAUCGGAAAUGCCAGUCACAGAAGUGACGUCCUAAACAUCAAAGUUCUCAAGCAAAUAUGAUUCUAAGACCGCUAUGACUACUUUAUACUAUGAUUAUCUUUUAUACCAUGUAAAAUAUCAAAGUGAGAAAUGGGCGUGUGAAUCUCUCCUUUUUUAUAAUAAAAAUGUGACAAUAAGCGAGAUCAUAUAGGAGAUCAAAGUUUUUUUUUAUGAAAAGAAAAACAAACAUCGAUUUUGAGAAAUCGAGAAACAGAAGCGAAUUUAAUUGCGCGAAGACUUGCAGAGAUCAUCCCGUGGGAAUACGAAAAGCAACGUAGGAGCUUAGGACGAUAAGCGAUACAAUUCACGUGGGGCCAUACAGCGGAGUAUAUGACAUACAUAUUUUUCUAUGAUAUUUUAUUUAUAUGUCGUGAAUAUAUGAACACGUACGCGACACACGCAUACACGCAUAUUCGCACGCACGCACACAUACUAGUAGGUAUACGUCUUCGAUUUAGUGUACAAAUCUCAUUGUAUCAUACAUUAUGUCGUAAUAUCUUUGUGCAGCGAUGAUCGAGAGCGCUCGGAAUCAUUUGCGACUUAUACGUAUUAUGAAAAUAAAAUUUUAAUAAAAAAAAGAAAAGAAAGAAAAGAAAGAAUUCUUUCAUAUUAAAUAGAAAGCAACUGAUAAUCGUGCUUUUCCCCGAAUAAACGUGAUUGACAAUUUGUUAAAACAAUAAGGAAUAAUUUUUGCCUUUAUUCUGCUGUUGAUCUUUCUUGUCGUCUUUCGACGAAUCAGUCUGUAUAUUCAAAAGGUUAUAGGUAUUUCUCUCACUUCAAUUUCUGUAUUACUAUUGUUUAAAUAUCCAAUCUGUGCUGCAUUAUCGGAACAGCACACCUGUGUAUUCUUAACCUUCGUUGAUAUAUCGGGAUCAGCUGCAUAUUUUUGUCAGCGAUCGAUCGUUAUCGCGUUCUUCAACAAUAAAAAAAAAAUUUUCAUACAUAUCGCAAGGCAUUUUUUUACGCGUAUCAAAUUAUGAAAUGUUUAUGCGAGAUGCAACCGCGAGAUGUCAACAGCGUGUUUAUUGAAUUUAGAUUAGAAUUCACUGUAUAUCUAAUUUUCCGAACUUUUUGAAAUUCGAUUGCCUUUAGAGAAAACUCUUUGAAAGAUUGCUUAAUUAUAAAAUUUUAAAAGCUUAUUUGUAGCUGGCGCUUAAUUCCUUAUUAGUAUAAUCGAAAGAUGGCUUCUUAGAAACUAUAAAACCUGCAAUCAUUGAGUAUGUCAGUAAUAUAACGAAACUUUGGGUCGAUUGUUCCAACUUCUUGUUAAUAUUCUUACCUAUCAGGUAAAUAUAUGUUUGUCUUUAUUUAUUUAAGAAAAGAAAUGAAGAUGGAUACAUGCUUAUCUGGUAGGUAAGUUUACCAAGAAGUUGGAACAACCGGCCUUUAAACAUACAAUAAGAGUAAGGAAAGAAAGGAAAAAAAACGUAAAAAAAAAUAAAGUAAAUAAGAAUUUUUUUUUAAAUAACGUUUUUAUUUAGUAGAAGUAAUAAGUUAAUAUUACAGUUUAAUCAUCUUCACCCGUAAAACAUUGUGCUUAGAAACAGCUGAAGUGAAAGACAAUUUAAGCAAAGAGUGCGCGCGUGUUUAUGGAGUUAAAUUUAAAUUUAUGUAAACGAUACAAAGUCCAAAAUUGGUUUAUAGGAUGUCUUUAAAACAUUUCUGCGCAGUAUUUUUAAGAUAUGUUUUUAAGAUUAUUUUUGCGGAGUUUCUUCAAAACGUUUCUUAGACGUCUUAUGAUUUUAGAUUUUGUUUGAGUAUAUGUACGUUGUAAAUUAAGAUUGUAUGUGUUAUAUUAAAAAUUUUUCGUAUAUGUGUGAGAAUCUGAUAUGUAUGUAUGUUGUAAUGUAAAAAUGGAUAGGAGAACAAUAAAAUAUAUACAUAUAUCCA